AUGAUCGCUACUGAAGUUAGAGCGGCGCCUCAUGCUGUUGUUGCUAUUGAUAACACAACGUCUGUAACGCUUAAUCACGCCGUUUGGCCUCCAAUGAAACAUCAUGAUAUUUGGAAUGAUGACAAACGUUAUUUAAGGAGCGCAAAUGCAAGAGAAACAAUUUACGAAGAUGAUGACGAAAUGGCUGUUUCAACAAAACAAGAAUUGUUCGAAAAUAUUGAAUUCAAUUCUAGACAAUAUUUAAGAAAUUUGGCGGUAAAUGAUAUUGAUAACAAUAAUGACUCAAUUAAUUUUGUCGAGGAUUCAAAACGACAAAGUAAAGUUAUACAUUUAUUUCCGGUUCCUGUUGAUGGCGAAUGUUUAUCGGAUGAUGGUCGCCGCACUGGCACCUGUUUUAAUGCCUACGAGUGUCGUAACAAGGGAGGUGAAGCAAAAGGCGAAUGCGCUUUAGGUUUUGGUGUUUGUUGCAUUUUCAUCGCUAAUUGCAAUGAAACCAUUAGCAAUAAUAUAACAUAUUUGGUGUCGCCUCAUUUUCCCAGUUUUAUGCCCAACAAUGUCACCAACUGCAGCUUAAAAAUAAAGCUAAUGAAUGAUGACAUUAGUCAAUUACGCAUUGAUUUCUAUCAUUUCAUUUUGGGUCAACCCAAUAGGCGUAAUGGAGUAUGCGAUGGUGAUGUCUUUAGUGUUUCAGGCGGCCCGGGAGGCACCAUUUCGUUAUGUGGCCAGAAUAGUGGACAGCAUAUGUAUUAUGAUGUUGGUGGUCGAAUGUUGCCCCGUCAUACUCUAUACGGUUCAUUAAAACCAUUACGCUAUGAAGAUUUAUACCCAGGACGUAAUGCUACCAAUGAUACUACCAUGGAAAUUGAUAUAAAGCUAAAUUUUGCACCAAGAUUUUUACCAACCAGAUUAUGGGAAAUACGUAUCGCUCAAAUACCUUUUAGUCAAAGAGCGCCAGCUGGUUGUUUACAAUAUUUUACAGGUGCGGAGGGUGUAUUUCAGACAUUUAACUUUGCCGAUAAUGGUCGCCAUUUAGCCAAUCAAGAUUAUCGUAUAUGUAUGCGUCAGGAGAUGGAUAUGUGUUCCAUAGUUUAUCAGCCAUGUGAUGAGCAAUCAUUUCGCAUUGGACCCAGUACUUCCCAGGCAAUGUUUAGUAGUUUGAAUGAUGCGUCUGUAGGGGCUGGGGGUGUUCAAACAUUGGCAGAUAAUGGAGCAAAUAUAAAUGGUGGUAAUGGAAUGCCACCGCUACAAAUGCAAGUUUUAGCAGAUGAUGCUACAAAUGCACAAGCAGGCAUGACAAUGACGACAACAUUUGCCACAAGUAAUUCAGCUCAAGAGGCUGUAAGUUUGACCACAACAACACCGUCUACAAUUAACACAGCAUCUUCAACAGUUAGCAGUAGUGUGCCAGGGAAUACAACUGUAGCUGCAGACCUUUCCACCGCCUCCUCUUUAGCAGAUGACACUGAUGGAAUGUCUUCUUCUGCUGCUGCUGCUGCUAACAAUCCUACUACGGUUGCAGCAACUACGGAAUCCACAACUGUCUCCACUACACCUCCAGCCUUAAGUGAUGAUGUUGAAGGUUCUGGAGGAGAUGAAGGAGAAGACACUCGCCUCAGACCAACUGCCUCAUCUAGCAAUGUUUCGCGUAGACCCCGACCAACUAGAGGAGGCUUUGAUUUAUUAGGUUUUUUGAGAAGUGCUUUCGAUUUUGGAUUUCGAUCUGGUAAACAAAUGAGACCAUUAAGUGAAAGCCAAAUGCGACAAUUUUAUAGCAGUUGCAGGGAUCGCAUUACAAUGCCUUGUAUUAUAGAAGAUUUCAUAGGCACCGGUUUGGGCCCAUUACCCGGUUGUGAACCUAUCCACUGUGGCAUGCAAUUCUGUUCGAAUGGCAUUUGGCCAUGUCGAAUUGAAUCAACCGUUACACCAUUUUAUGUGGGUAUACAUUUUGGUGAUGGAGCCGGUAAGGGAAGUCCUGAAGAUAAUAUUGGCGCAUGUUUACGUUAUCAACAGGUACAAUGUAUGUGAUG